AAUGAUUUUCGCCAUAGUGUUCCAUUUUUUACAUCCGUUUCGCUCUUUUUGGUGUGAAAUAAAAAUCUGACAAGAUGGGUCGUAUGCACGCUCCUGGUAAGGGUAUUUCCCAAUCAGCUUUACCCUACAGAAGAACCGUUCCCUCAUGGUUGAAGCUUAACUCGGAAGAUGUUAAGGAACAAAUCAAGAAAUUGGGCAAAAAGGGUUUGACCCCCUCCAAAAUUGGUAUCAUUCUUCGUGAUUCCCAUGGUGUUGCCCAAGUUCGCUUUGUUAAUGGCAACAAAAUUUUGCGCAUCAUGAAAUCGGUCGGCCUUAAGCCCGAUAUCCCUGAGGAUUUGUACCACAUGAUCAAGAAGGCUGUUGCCAUCCGCAAGCAUUUGGAACGUAACCGCAAGGAUAAGGAUGGUAAAUUCCGCCUCAUUUUGGUUGAAUCCCGUAUCCACAGAUUGGCCCGCUACUACAAGACCAAGAGUGUCCUCCCACCUAACUGGAAAUACGAGUCCAGCACAGCUUCCGCCUUGGUUGCUUAACUUCGCUAGAGUUUGUGCAGGAGACAGUGUUUUUAUAAGUUUUUUUCCCCUUUAUAUUUUAAAAAUAUAAAACGUGCAUAAUAAAACAAACAAACAAAAUGA